AUGGUACGUAGUUUGACCCAGUGGACGAAAACUUUGAGUUUCCCGGCCAGAAUUUCCCCUAAGAGUUCUAAAGAUAGUGUGAAUAUUCAUCAAGUCAGCCCAACUAUUACUCCAACUUUGAGUAAUAAUUCUUUGUCGAAAAAUAACGACAUUAAUACUAUGAUGAACAAUCAUGCUUCUUUGAGCGAAGUCAAUCAAAUUUACUCGGAUCCUGAAUCAGAGAAGGCUAUUAUGAGCUCGAUUGUCUAUUGCAUUCAUCAUAAGGAAGGUUGCAAAUGGUCCGAUGAACUUAGAAAACUGAAGGGUCAUUUAAAUACUUGCAAACACGAUGCCAUCCCUUGCACAAGUAAAUGCGGAGCUCAAAUUCCCAGGGUUCUAAUGGAAGACCACCUCAAGUAUACCUGCCCUCAAAGACGAACUAGAUGUGAAUUUUGUAACAAGGAGUUUACUGGACAUUCAUUAGAAAAUCAUGCAGGUCACUGUGGAUAUGAACCCAUGUAUUGCGAAAACAAAUGUGGCAUGAAAGUUCAUAGGAGACACCUUAGUCAACAUAAAGUCGGCGAUUGUUCAAAAAGGCUAGUACCCUGUAGAUAUUGCUCAAAAGAAUUCGUAGCCGAUACCCUACCAGCACACCAUGUAAAAUGUGGAAGAGUACCUGUCCAGUGUCCCAAUCGAUGUGAUGCCAGCGUUCUCGCCCGCGAAGAACUAGACACUCACCUGAAAGAAGAAUGUACAGUUUCAGUGCAUAGUUGUAACUUCAAAGAUGCAGGAUGUAGAUUUAAAGGUCCAAGAUAUGUCAUAGAAAAACAUUUAGAAGAGAAUUGCCAGCAGCAUUUGACCCUAAUGUGCAAUAUGGUUUCCAAACAACAACACCAAAUUACGUCUCUGAAGAGCGCCAUCUCGAGGUUGUCUUUGAAUUAUUCUGGAACGCUUAUCUGGAAAAUUAGCGACUUUACAGCUAAAAUGACCGAAGCUAAGACGAAGGAGGGGAUGGAAUUGGUAUCGCCACCUUUUUAUACUAGUCAAUAUGGUUAUAAACUUCAGGCAUCCCUCUUUCCUAACGGUAACGGAGCAGGUGAAGAUUCCCACAUUUCAGUCUACAUAAAAAUUCUUCCAGGAGAAUACGAUGCUUUACUCAGAUGGCCCUUUUCCCACUCAGUCUCAUUCACACUUUUCGACCAAUCAACUUGUCCCGAAAAAGCAUGUAACAUAGUCGAAAGUUUCAUCCCAGACCCAACCUGGAAGAAUUUCCAAAGGCCCAGCAGAGAGCCUGAUUCCUUGGGCUUCGGUUUCCCUAAAUUUGUCUCACAUGAAAUGUUAAAGAAGAGACAUUUCAUGAAAGAUGACACAUUGUUUAUUAGGGUCAAAGUGGAUCCUAGUAAAAUUGUAGCCGUGUAA